AUGUUUUCAUUUACUCAAACAGAACCUUCGACAGACCUGUUGAAUGGGCAGUCAUGGGGAAACACUUCAGAGGGCCACCAGAACUUUCAGGAUUUCCCGGACAAUGGAUCAUCACAUUCUGGAGAAGCCGAGGAUUAUCUUUUCACAUCUGGCCAUACUACUCCCAGAGGAUCAAGGCUAGAACAAGCCGCCUCCAUGGAUUCUGUCUGGACAAACCCAAGGACCACACAAAGCUCAGUUAUGGCUCAAGCCAUGUCUAGAGCAGAUUCGAGCAGAUCCAGUGGCUCGUCUCUCUCUCAAAACACACAGCUGAGCAGAGGUAAUGUGUCCGCCUUCAGGAAUGUAUCCCACGCUGCUGCUACCACCGCCGGAACCAUGGCCGGAAUGAACUCUUGUCUUCUCGUGGCUGCUGAUGCCCAUGCUGUGUCUUCCAAUGCUCAUGUAUACUGGCCCGAGAUGGGGCUUGAUAUCAACAUUGCUGGUGGUGGCGGCAGUGCCGGUGGCAGUGGUGCUUUUGCUGUCACUCAAGCCGGCCCUAUGCACAUGGUGCCUGCGCAUAUGCAUUUGGGCCCCGAGUCUGUCUUGCCGGACAAUUCGUCCCCUGGUUCCUGGGACUGCUUUUCUAGCUCCAUCUCUCGGACUUCCUCCCCUGCUACUGUUGAUGAUGUUUGGCUGCCUUCUGCGCUGAGCCCCAACUCUUCGCCUGAGAUUGUUGGUGAUUCGCCUAGUGCGGAGCGCAAGGUCUCGAUGGCAUCAGACAAGGACCACAUUGCCCCCAAGAUUGAGGAGGGCGUAGCCAUGCCUCAUGGAUAUCCCUCCCGUAGACAUGGAAGUGAUGGCGAGUCCUCAGCUCGGGACCACCGCCUGUACAAGAAUGUCACUCCCGGGCCCGACGGUCUUUUCCACUGCCCCUGGGAGGGACAGAACAGCUGCAACCACAAGCCCGAGAAGCUUAAGUGCAACUACGAUCUGCGUAGCAAAUUUGUGGAUUCACAUCUGAAGCCAUACCGUUGCAAGGCAGAGUCUUGCGAAGGGGCUCGCUUCUCCUCCACCGCCUGCCUGCUGCGUCACGAACGUGAGGCUCAUGGACUUCAUGGACACGGUGACAAGCCCUUCCUCUGCAUCUAUGAGGGCUGCGAACGUGCGGUUCCUGGCAACGGCUUCCCCCGCCAGUGGAAUCUCCGCGACCACAUGAAGCGCGUCCACAACGACCACGGAAGCUCCGGUGGCUCUCCACCCGCCACUGCCAAUGGACAAUCUGCCAAGGGCCGCAAGAGAAAGACCGAGGUUGCAGAGCCGCAAAACGGCACUCGCAAGGCCACGCUCAAGUCGAUGCCAGUGGCUGACUCCAAGCAAGUUUCCUCCAAGCCCCUCCUCGAGCAGUGGCUCGACCAGCGACGUGCUGUUGAAGAUCUCUGCCGCAGCCUAAGCAAGCCCGAUGACGCACGCAACCUGCAGCAAAUCGGUGAGAUGCAGAAGCGUCUUGCUUACAUGGCCAAGAUGACCUCGGACUGGACCUCUGUCACCUCGACAGACAUUCGGCCCGAUACGAACCGCAGGAACUACACCACUGGCUGA